UUUUUCUUUGCCUCCUCAAAUCUUUUCGCCGAUUUUUUGAUUUACGUUGAUAACACCGACUGAUUUUUUUUUUUUUACAGUAGUGAUAUUUGGGGAUAACAGUGAUGAUAUUUGGAGGCAGAGAUUGAUUCUGAGAAACAAAUUUUUCAGUUCAAAUAAACAUUGCGAGAGUGAGGAGACGAAUUGAAGAAGAGCGUUGAGCAUUGUUCAGUGGUUCCCUCCGUUGCUGGUGUUGGCGCAGUCAAGUCGUCGGAUUCUUCAAAUAGUCGCGCCAGGCCACAAAAUGGUUGAUGCAUCAUACCAGAAUUUCCUGCACUUUCUGGUGAUAACAAAGGUUGUUUUUUUCAUUUCAACAAACUCUCCCUGGGGAGCAGGUCUCCAGCCAAAUUUGGGACGAAACCAGUUUCCCUCAAUUGCGGGAAACUAGUCUCCGUCCUUGCAAUUGUUCUUUCCUUUCCAUUGUCGACCAAACGUUGCUGCUGCCGGAAACUACCAGCUUUUCUUUCUCCCCCAUCGUGUUCCAGGCUUCUAUCCUUGUGUAUUAGCAUUUGACAACAUGUCAAAACAACUUGAAAUCCUCUUUUUGGAGGAAUGGCUAAGGAGCAAAUGCGGUGCUGCUAGCAAAGUAAAUCCUAGAAACUCUCAUUCCCCAUCUGCUAGAGCCAUUAUUCAGGCAUGGGCUGACCUCAGGGACUCCCUUCAAUAUGAGACUUUUAGUUCCCAUCAUCUACAAUCUCUUAAAAUCCUUGUCAAUUCUCAAACAUCUCUCCAUGUUGCAGACCCCCAGGCGAAGCUGCUUAUUGCUAUUCUUUCGUCUCCAAAUCAUUCUCUUCCGUAUGAGUCCUAUCCUUUAAUGUUUAGGCUUCUAUACAUAUGGGUGAGGAAAACUUUGAAGCCUACUUCAUCUAUCAUUGAUUCAGUAGUGGAGGUCCUCUCUCGCCUCAUCUCUGUUCAAUUUGAUUCUAGAAAAGGUCCUUUCUUCUUUUCUGAAGUUAUUCUUCUACUAGGUGGCAUUUCCUUUGUGCUCUCGUCAUCUGAAAGAUCCAAGACAACGUGCUUGGACUUACUGGCUAGACUGCUGAUAAAAGAGUAUCAAUUGCUUGGCUCAUUUACAGAACUUGUGCCUGAUGUUCUGGCGGGAAUUGGGUAUGCUUUGUCUUCAUCUGUGACAGUUCAUAAUGUUUCCAUACUGGACUCAUUAUUUGAAAUUUGGGGCAAAGAAAAUGGGCCUCAAGGCAGUAUUUCUCACGGAUUGAUGAUUUUUUAUUUGAUUGAUUGGGUCAUGUCAAACUUGGUUAAUUUCUGGUUUUUGGAUAAAAUACACAUGUUUUGCCAAGAAGCUUUUCAGAAAUUUAAGGUAAAGUAUGCUUCAUUUGCUGUUUUCAUGGCUGGGGCUGGAGUUGUGAGGGCUUCAAAUAGUUCUAUGUCAGGCAAUAUGAAAUUUGAUAACAUAUCUGAAGUGAGGACUUCUGCAAUUGUUUCAAUGGAAGCUUUAGCUAGCAAUUUAUCAUCAAGGAUGUUGAGACCUGAUAUGUCAAACUUGAGCGAUGAUCGUAGAGACAGACUUUUUCUCCAGUGUGUCUCAUUAGCAUUGCCUCGAACUGGCUCAUUUUCUGGACAUUCCUCUUUUUUUGUUUGCCUUGCUUUGGCAUUGUUAAAUGAAAUACUUCCAUUGCCUUAUAUGUGCAAGUCUGCACUUGAAUUGUCAAGAGUUUCUGGUGGACUGAAGCUAACUGAGAUCAAAGAACAUCUAGAUAGUAUCCUGUUCAAGGAAGCUGGAGCUGUAACAGGGAUCUUCUGCAAUCAGUAUGUCUCUGCAGAUGAAGAAAAUAAGGAUGUAGUGGAAAAUCUUAUAUGGAAAUACUGUCAAGAUUUGUACUGUGGAUACAGGAAAGUAGCUUUCUUUUUUAAAGGCAAGGAGGAUAAACACCUUGAGGGUUUGGGGAAAAUUGCUGAAUCUGCUUUCUUAAUGAUUGUGGUUUUUGCAUUCGCUGUCACAAAGCAUAAGUUGAGCUCCAAGUUCACCCAAGAAAUGCAAAUGGAUGUCUCGUUGAAGAUAUUAGUAUCACUUUCCUGUGUGGAAUAUUUUCGUCAUGUCCGUUUGCCAGAGUAUGUAGAAAUGAUUCGCAAGAUAGUUGCAAAUGUCAAGGAGAAUGAGCAUGUUUGCACAUCUUUUGUUAAGUCCAUGCCUUCUUAUGUUGAAUUGACAAAUAGUCCAGACUUUACUCUGGACCAGAAAACCAAAUACAUAUGGUCUAAGGAUGAGGUGCAAACAGCUCGCAUUUUGUUUUAUCUACGAGUCAUUCCAACUUGUAUUGAGCAUUUGCCCAGCCAUGUAUUCAGGAACAUGGUAGCCCCAACAAUGUUCUUAUAUAUGGAACACCCAAAUGGAAAAGUAGCUCGGGCCUCACAUUCUUUGUUUAUGGCAUUUAUUUCUCUGGGAGAAGAAUCUGAAAUGAAUGAGGGAUUAUCAUUGAAGGAGCAGCUUGUUUUCUAUUAUAUAGAAAGAUCCUUAUUGGGAUAUCCAGGCAUAACUCCUUUUGAGGGAAUGGCUUCCGGAGUUGUAGGCAUUGUUCGACAUCUUCCUGCUGGAAGUCCUUCUAUAUUUUAUUGCAUCUACAAUCUUGUUGAGAAGGCAGAUAGGCUCUGCGCUGAAGUCCUUGCUAAUGAUGCUGAUGUGUGGAAAAAGUUGCAGGGGGAGACAGAGCAUUGCAAGAAACUACUGGACUUACUUUUGCACAUAGUUUUUUUGGUUGACAUACAAGUCUUGGUGGACUUAAUGAAGUUGUUAGCACUGCUGAUUACCAAGUUACCACGAGAGGCCCAAAACACGGUUCUCAAUGAGUUAUAUUCACAGGUGGCUGAAUCUGACGAUGUAAUACGAAAACCGAUAUUGGUUUCAUGGUUGCAGUCAUUAUCUUACCUUUGCACAAAGGCUUCGCAGGAAAAUGGAGCCACCAAAAAGAGCCCUAGUGAAGAUAACUUUACUUUGGCCCAUAUUGCCGACCCCAGAAGCUGGGUGAAAUUAACUUCACGACUCUGAGGCAUUCAGAUCCAGUGUUUUGUGCUGGACCUUCUCUUCUAGCUUGCAAAUUCUCUUGUCGCAUAUCACGUCAAUACAUUUGUUACUGCAUAUGAUAGAUUUGAGCUGAUUCUUAUUUGGCUGGCUGCUGUUAGUCUUUUGUUCUUACUCUAUUAAUCUUGUCGCUGCUACCUAAGGAGCCUAGUAGAUUUUAAUAACUAUUGCCUCCGUGACAUCGAUUAUUGCCACGCAAAAAUUGCAGCUGGAGGGAUGAGCAAGUUUAACGCUUGGCUUCUGCAUCUUUUUCUCUUCUUGCAUGGUACUGAGAAUGAAGCCAAAAUGAUAGGUGAACUUCAUAGAACUUGGUUUGCUCGUCAUUUUUCCAUUCUCCAGCUAUUUAUGUUUUCUGGUAUUAAAACUGGUGGACAUAAGUGGCUUGGUGAGGUGUUUAGGUGCAAUUAGGUGCAUUAUUUUUAAGGUAAUUCCAUCAUGUGAUUCCUUAAUUGUCGGGUUUGAUUGGGGAAAAAAUUUAGUUUAUUGAUUUACAUGCAUUUCUGAUUUUUGUGUAUAUAUACUGGGUCAUACACUUGUUGAAGUUUUAUCUCACUUCGUUUCCAAUAAAUGUCCAGGGGAAGCUUUAGGAUUUGGCGAGGAGAAAUCAAUGUAAAUAGAUGCUAACAUGGAGCAUAUAUUUGAAUGGACAUGUGUAUAUAUUUUGUAGCUAGUCCUUUUGAAACUGUAAUGUAUACAUGUACCUGUAUGUACGCAUGUCAGGUGUUUGUGAGUUUGAGAUGUAAGUAUUAAAAUAACGUGUCUGGUUUAGCAUCGGCAUGGAAUUAUGACGAGAAGCUAUGAAUAUGCUUAA